AUGGCGGACCAAGCAGUCGCUCGCCUGGCCGGCAUUAAUGUCGGUGCUCCGGCGCGACCUGUUCCUAGUGGUGAUUUCGGUCUUAUCGGUCUGGCCGUCAUGGGUCAGAACCUGAUCUUGAACGCUGCCGACCAUGGCUUCACCGUCGUUGCUUACAACCGUACUGUCGCCAAGGUCGACCGUUUCCUCGAGAACGAGGCCAAGGGCAAAUCCAUCGUCGGCGCUCACUCCAUCGAGGAGUUCGUGUCGAAGUUGAAGAAGCCCCGCCGCAUCAUGCUCCUCGUCAUGGCCGGCAAGCCUGUCGAUGACUUCAUCGAAUCCAUCCUGCCUUUCGUCGAACAGGGAGACAUCAUUAUCGAUGGCGGUAACUCCCACUUCCCCGACUCUAACCGCCGUGCCAAAUACCUUGCUGCAAAGGGUAUUCGCUUCGUUGGCACCGGUGUGUCUGGUGGUGAAGAGGGUGCUCGCUACGGUCCUUCCCUCAUGCCCGGUGGUAACGAAGAAGCGUGGCCAUACAUCAAGGAUGUCUUCCAGAGCAUCGCUGCCAAGAGCGACGGCGAGGCUUGCUGUGACUGGGUCGGUGACGAGGGUGCUGGUCACUACGUCAAGAUGGUUCACAACGGUAUCGAGUACGGUGACAUGCAAUUGAUUACCGAAGCCUACGACAUCUUGAAACGCGGUGUCGGUCUUACCCCCAACGAAAUUGGUGAAGUCUUCGAUAAGUGGAACAAGGGAGUCUUGGACUCUUUCUUGAUCGAGAUCACCCGUGAUAUCCUCAAGUACAACGACACCGAUGGAACUGCCCUUGUUGAGAAAAUCCUCGACAAGGCUGGUCAAAAGGGUACCGGAAAGUGGACCGCGAUCAACGCCCUCGACCUUGGCAUGCCCGUCACCCUCAUCGGCGAGGCUGUCUUCUCUCGCUGCCUCAGCGCCAUUAAGGACGAGCGUGUCCGUGCCAGCAGCCUUCUCGCUGGCCCUUCUCCCAAGUUCGAGGGUGACAAGCAGGCUUUCAUCGACAACCUCGAACAGGCCUUGUAUGCCUCCAAGAUUAUUUCCUACGCCCAGGGCUUCAUGCUUAUCCAGAAUGCCGCCAAGGAAUACAAGUGGAAGCUUAACAAGCCCUCCAUUGCUCUCAUGUGGCGUGGAGGUUGCAUCAUCCGUUCCGUUUUCUUGAAGGAUAUCACCAAUGCUUACCGCAAGAACCCUGACUUGGAGAACCUUCUGUUCGAUGAUUUCUUCAACAAAGCCAUCCACAAGGCCCAGGCUGGCUGGAGAGAUGUCGUCAGCAAGGGUGCCCUCUGGGGUAUCCCAACUCCUGCCUUCAGCACCGCCCUUAGCUUCUACGACGGCUACCGCACCAAGGAGCUCCCUGCCAACCUGCUGCAGGCUCAGCGUGACUACUUCGGUGCUCACACCUUCCGUAUCAAGCCUGAACACGCCAGCGAAACCUUCCCCGUGGACAAGGACAUCCACGUCAACUGGACCGGCCGCGGUGGUAAUGUCUCUGCCUCCACCUAUAUUGCUUAA